GUCGACAAUGGCCGUCCUCUUUUAUGGCGCGAACUGGCCGAGCACAUCCCAGGCCGCUCGAACAAAGACUGCCGCAAGCGAUGGUGGAACAGCCUGGCAGGUGGGACAGUGAAAGGAGCGUGGUCUCCAGAAGAGGACAGAAGGCUGAGCAACGCUGUGGAAAAGUAUGGUAUGAACUGGACGAAGGUCGCUACUGUUGUAGGCUCGCGGUGCGGCGACCAGUGCUCGAGUCACUGGCGCCAAGUGCUGGAUCCGAACAUUAACUUCUCCGACUGGACAUCAGAAGAGGACGAACGGCUGCUUAUGGCUGUCCGCAUGCACGGCACCAAUUGGUCCACAAUAGCCCUCUUUCACACGCCGCAACGGACAACGCUAGCAUUGAAGAAUCAG